AUGAGAUUUUUAUUACGUGUUAAAAGGUCUUUUUUAACAACAAGCCUCCUUUUACUCUCGCAAAUAGCAACCUUUUCCUUGGCAAAUAAGGAAAAAAUUAAUGAAAAGAAUUAUGAAGUAUGUGCUGGUAUGUACUCUAAGGAUGAUUGGGGUGGAAAAAUUGAUCCAUUUAUUUCUUUCAAUGUAAAGAAAUUCCAAAAAGAUAUAGCGGACACAGAUGGGCUAUUAUCCGUAGCCAUAUACGAUUUCCAAGAUUAUCUCCAUCUUGGUGCCAAUUUAGCAGACGGUUCUAAACAAUAUGUUUGCGAUGAUUAUGCAGUCAGUGCUGAAUUAUGUUCAGAAGAUGAUUUAGGUAACUUUAUUAUUGAAACAGAAGCUUACGAUCCUUACACAAAGGAAAAUAAAACAUUGAUCAAUCCAAUUAUGACAUUUUCCCAGGAUUUUGUUGGUUUACAUGAUACUAAAUAUCCUGUAACAAAAACCGGGUUUUAUUGUGUAACAGUUUUUACCAGUUCCUAUGAUGUUAAAUUUGAUGCUAUAGUCAAUUUUAGAAAUGCAUAUGGCCAUUUAGCUGGUUCUGAAGUGAACAAAUUACCUCUUUAUGGGCUAUUGGCGAUUGGUUAUGUCAUUGCAAUGGCCUUAUAUUUUUUCGCCUUUUGGAAACAUAAGCACGAAUUGUUACCAUUACAAAAAUAUUUGUUAGCAUUCUAUGUAUUUUUAACUGCUGAAACUAUUUUUGUGUGGGCUUACUAUGAUAUCAAAAAUGAAAAGGGUAACGUAGCAGGCACUAAAGUUUAUAUGGUAUUUUUAUCCUUGCUAACAGCUGGUAAAUUAAUUUUCUCAUUCUUCAUUUUAUUGGUAAUUUCCUUAGGUUAUGGUAUUGUAUACCCUAAAUUAAACAAAACUUUAAUGAGACGUUGCCAAUUCUAUGCAAUUUUUAGUUUCCUAAUUUGUUCGGUCUUUUUAGUACAAAGUUAUUUAGAAGAUGCUGAAAACCCAUCUCCAUUCAUUUUAAUUACUUUCAUUCCUCUCGCACUUUGCAUGCUAGGUUUCUACUUAAUGAUUUUAAGGUCCAUGACUCAAACUGUAAGAUACUUAAAAGAACAAAGACAGGUAGUGAAGUUAAACAUGUACAAGAAAUUGUUGAUUAUUAUUUACACCUCUUUGAUUGUGUUGAUGAUUGGAUUUAUAAUUACCAUUAUAAUUUUUUCUAGUAUGAACACAAUAGCUAUGAUUGAAAAGAAUUGGAGAUCUAGAUUCUUCUUUACUGAUUUCUGGCCAACUUUAGUCUAUUUUGUUGUCUUUGUCAUAAUUUCUUUCUUAUGGAGACCAACAGAUACAUCAUACAUGUUAGCUGUCUCCCAACAAUUACCUACUGAUCCUGAGAAUGUAGCUGAUUUUGAUUUAAGUGACCUUCAAUCAUUGGGUGAUCAAUUUAAUGAUAGUGACUUAGAACAUCAUGACGAUCAAAGCAUUAUUACUAAUGAAGAACACACAUACAACAGCAAUCCACACUCUGAUAGUAAUGCUGCAAAUCCACAAGAAGAAGACUUGGACUUCUCUGAUCAUGCAAAUGAACAUGAAACUGUCAAUCAUACCAAAUAA